CGGUCUCCGGCUGCUCCUGCAGCUGAAGUUCACAUUUUCACUUGCUAUGCCUGUAGCGGGGAGACUAAGUGAAACAAACGCAGACCUUUAACUCUCAGGGAUAUCGAUACAACUUGCACAGUUUCACAGUGGAGUUUAACUAGUGACAAGAAAACAAUGUUUUCCUUGUCAAUGACGGCCCAGCCACAGGUGACUCUACCUCUCAGCCACCUCAUCAACAUCCUCCACCCUCUAAAGAGCUCAGUGGGGAGCAGCAGCAGUGCUACCUGCAAAUCAAGAAAACACAAGGAGCAUGUUGCAGACUCAGAGCUACAUUGUACAGAGUCCAUGUGGAACCUACGGGAGCUUGGCUUGUCAGACCUGAGAGAACCUCAGUUGGAGGAGCUUCUGAACUGUGCAUUGCCACGCUUGAGCCAUGAAGAGGUGCCACCUCCACUUGGUGGUCAGACUACAUGGAGGACCUCACAUCUCUCAACACACUCCUUUUUCAUUAAUAAACAUGGCUUCUCACAGAGGGCCGUGUCACCUCCUUUCUUCUCAAGAAGGCACGUUUCACCUCUUCAGGGUGUUUGCACAGAGCUACAAAACUGGCCAGUGCUGGUUCAGAGCAGAGGCUUUAAAACUUUACGGAGCAAAACCAGACGAGUGCAGUCCGCAUUUGACCAGCCUGUGAACUCUGAGGGUUUCACACCAUCUUUUAUGAAGGGUUUUCUGACGCGUGAUAAAGGCAUUGAAGCUGAAAGUCUUGACAGCUUGGUGAAGAACAAGAACGUACCGGACGGACAGCAGGACGCUUUCAAGAGGGGCUUCGCUGAGGGUUUCCUGAAAGCUCAAGCUCUCACACAGCGAACUCAAGACUUUAUGAGGAGGACACGUCUGAUCCUGCUGGUGCUGCUUCUAGUUGGACUCUAUGGAAUCUCCAAGACCCCCUUCAUAUCGGUGCGGUUCCGAACCACAUCAGGCCUGGACUCGGCUGUGGACCCAGUGCAGAUGAAGAAUGUGACAUUUGAACAUGUGAAGGGGGUGGAAGAAGCUAAAAAUGAGCUGCAGGAAGUGGUGGAGUUCCUGAAAAACCCCCAGAAGUUCACAGCUUUGGGAGGAAAGCUGCCAAAAGGUGUUUUACUGGUUGGCCCUCCGGGUACUGGAAAGACGCUACUGGCCAGAGCCGUGGCAGGAGAGGCAGUCGUACCGUUUUAUUACGCCUCUGGGUCGGAGUUUGAUGAGAUGUUUGUUGGAGUAGGAGCCAGCCGCAUCAGAAACCUUUUCAGGGAGGCUAAAGCCAACGCUCCCUGUGUGAUCUUCAUAGAUGAGCUGGACAGCGUGGGUGGGAAACGAAUCGAGUCUCCCAUGCAUCCGUACUCCAGACAGACCAUUAACCAGCUACUGGCUGAGAUGGAUGGGUUUAAACCAAACGAGGGUGUCAUCAUCAUCGGAGCCACCAACUUCCCCGAGGCUUUAGAUAAUGCCCUGAUUCGCCCAGGUCGCUUUGACAUGCAGGUGACUGUACCCAAACCCGAUGUGAAGGGACGCACAGAGAUUCUCAACUGGUACCUGAAGAAGAUUAAAGUGGAUCCAGCUAUCGAGGCCAAUAUCAUUGCGCGGGGCACAGUGGGCUUCUCUGGUGCUGAUCUGGAAAAUCUGGUCAACCAGGCUGCCCUGAAGGCAGCAGUCGAUGGCAAAGACAUGGUCACUUUGAAGGAGCUGGAGUUUGCUAAAGACAAAAUCCUCAUGGGCCCUGAGAGACGGAGUGCAGAGAUAGACAAGAAGAACAAACUCAUCACAGCAUAUCAUGAAUCCGGUCAUGCGAUCGUAGCCUACUACACCAAAGACGCUAUGCCCAUCAACAAGGCUACCAUCAUGCCCAGAGGCCCCAGUCUGGGACAUGUGUCCAUGCUUCCAGAGAACGAUCGGUGGAGCGAGACCCGCUCUCAGCUUCUUGCUCAGAUGGACGUCAGCAUGGGUGGCCGCGUAGCAGAGGAGAUUAUAUUUGGCCAUGAUUACAUCACUACAGGAGCAUCAAGCGACUUUGAUAGUGCCACUAAGAUUGCUAAGAUGAUGGUGACCAGGUUUGGAAUGUGUGAGAAGCUGGGUGUGAUGACCUACACGGACCUGACGGAGCAAAGUCCAGAGACACAAGCUGCCGUGGAGCACGAAGUCAGGGCGUUACUGAAGGAGUCAUAUGAGCGAGCCAAAGCCUUGCUGAAGUCUCACGCUAAGGAGCACAAGAACCUGGCAGAUGCUCUGCUCAUGUACGAGACGCUGGACGCCAAAGAGAUCCAGCUGGUGUUGGAGGGAAAAACCCUGGAGACCAGAUGAAAACAGCACGGAUAGGAGUCGGACUCAAAGAGGACAGACUCGACACAUGCUCACCUUCGUCUCUUUGUGCUGAUCUUCACCUUCACUGAAUCUCAUCAGUAAUCCCAGAUACGUAGUGCUGUUAUUUAAAGCGCCGACAUGAACGUGUGAAGACUUCGUCAUAUGUUUAGCAUGAUGCUCAGGUCACUUUAUCGGUUUGUGGGAGGAAAUGAUGAAUGAAUGUGAGUAUGGAUGUCAAAUAUAAAAACAGCAUUAGGAUAGACAUUAAUUUAAAUACCGCAAUGUUGAUCCAAAGACCUACUCUGGUUAUGGCAACCAUGAUUUAAGUCGUAUUUCAGCUGUUUUCUGGUGUUUGUGUUCUUCUGUGGUCGUCUUCAACAUGCUGGAGGUCAUCUCAUAACGAGUCUUUGUGUUCAUGAUACACUUCUCCGCACAUCCUCUAUCGCUUCUGUUAAAAAGUGGCCUUUUGGGGAGUGUAUAAUAAGUGUAAUAAUUUUCCUUUUAAAUUAGGGAGUGUAUAAAUGAGCAUUGUCAGCACUUUGAAUGAGUGCACAGUAAAAAUCUUUGUGCACUCUGUAAUUAAUGUAACGUGUGCUGUCUGCACAGAGGUGUGGAAGCUGCGUUCAUGCAGCGAUGGAGGAUUUUAAAGUUGUAACAUCAGCUUCAUUAUUUAAAAAGUUUGCUUUUGAAAAAGCCACUCGCUAACAUGUCUGGUUUUACAUAGAAUGAAGACAAACCAAAAGGCCAGUUUUGCCAUUUAAUGGUAUUUUUCUUUCCUUUAAUGGUGUGGAGAGCUUCCUCACCUGCAUCCAGUGCUUUUGGAGACAAAGUUUGCACAGUACAGCUGAUGAAAGGCAUUCAGCUACGCUGAAACAAGCGGGAGACAGAAUGAUUUGAAAUUGAACUGUGAAGCGACAUUGUGACUCUGAACGGUUGUGCAGACAUUUGCAUUAUUCUGUUAGUGUUGUGGAUGUCUGCUUCAGCUGUGGUGUAACAUGUAUGCUGAUUUAUUUUGAAAUAGUUCAUUUUCCUGGCGCAUAUUUUCUGUUUCUUAGCUCAUUAGCGUUAUUUUUGUGUAUGACUGCUGGGAUGUGAUGAGAACAUUGUAUAUAAAUGUAUAGUAAUGCUUUUAUGCUGUGUACACUCUGAAUGGCUCUGCUGUAGAUCUCUUUAACAGUGCAAUGGCAAUGACUAUCAUUUGCAGCUGAAAUAAAAGAAGUGAAAGCCAAAGAUGUGUGUGGGGAGAUGGGAUUUGUUCUGGAAAUGUAUUCCUAUUAAACAACAAAGAUUCUUCACAUA